GGCCCCGCAAUUUCAUCCCCUCCUAACCCCACAAUCUCUGUCCCCAGCAUUUUCCGUCUCUGGUUCCGACGAAUUCUUGUUAUUCUGGAAGCCUUUUCGGCAGUAGCUGCGCCGAUAUCCUUGUGGGAUUAUAAAGUGUCGUGUGAGGUCAUCGGUGGUUCAUAUUCCUGUUGCCAGUUUUCGAAUUGGUGUUAUUUAACUGCACGACGAGCGAGAAGUAUUUGCUUUUGUGUAAGGUUGGACUAGUUCAGGUGAUUUGAACAGGUGUUGAGUGUAUUUGUUUUUUAGAUCAGUGUUUGGAGAACUUUGGCAGUUUGUUGCGAAGAUGGGUCACGGAGCAGCUGCGUCGUUGUCAGUUGAGGGCAGCAUUGGGGCCAUUCCUGACAAUUCCAUUCCGCAAGUUGACGUGGAGAAAAUGCCGUUGCUGUCGCCUUACCAGCUCGGUCCAUUCAAGCUGUCGCACAGAGUUGUGCUAGCUCCGCUUACCAGGUGCCGGUCAUACGGAUGUGUGCCGCAGCCCUCCCAUGCGGCACUGUAUUAUGCGCAGCGCACCACACCUGGCGGACUCGUCAUCACUGAAGCAACCGGUAUCGAUGCAACCUCAAACGGGUACCCACAUACUCCAGGAAUUUGGACUCAGGAGCAGGUGGAGGCAUGGAAACCGAUUGUGAAGGCGGUACAUGAUAAGGGUGGAAUCUUCCUCUGCCAGAUUUGGCACGUCGGCCGGGUUUCUCACACUUCAUAUCAUCCAAAUGGAGCCGCGCCACCUUCUUCCACCAACAAGGCCAUCAAGGAGGGCGUGGUGUACCUGCCAACAGCGGACGGAGCGGCCCCAUACUCUACCCCACGAGCCUUGGAGACAGACGAGGUCGCGGAAUACGUCGACCAUUUCCGCAAGGCCGCACGCAAUGCCAGGGAAGCAGGAUUUGACGGAGUCGAGAUUCACGGCGCACACGGGUAUUUGAUCGACCAGUUCCUGAAGGACGGGAUAAACGACAGGACAGACAAGUAUGGUGGUUCUCGGGAGAACCGAUGUCGAUUCAUGGUCGAAGUCGUCGAAGCAGUGACAAAAGAAAUCGGCGCCGACAGGGUUGGGAUCCGAAUCUCCCCUUUCACGAACGUAGUUGAUGCAUCGGACUCCGACCCGAACGGAUUGUCGGUGUACAUCGCCGAGACUCUAAACCGAUACAACCUGCUAUACUUGCACGGCGUGGAGCCCAGGUUCCACCCGGAGAGGACUGUGCAGUCCGAGGAGAGCUUGUGGCCCAUGAGGAAAGCUUACAAGGGCAACUUCUUAGUUGCAGGUGGGUACAGCAGCGAGGAUGCCAACGAAGCCAUCCGGAGUGGCAAAGCAGACAUGGUUGUGUUCGGCCGACUGUUUCUAGCAAAUCCUGAUCUUCCCAAGCGAAUUGCGCUCAACGCUCCGCUUAACAAAUACGACAGAUCGACAUUCUACACCCAAGAUCCCGUUGUUGGGUACACCGACUACCCGUUCCUCGGUGAAGUGGUGCAAGCUUGAUUUGUCAGCUUGCAUGGUUUUGUUUAUAAUUUUCUUACACAACAGCACCUCUUGCCAAUUGGCCACGUUUCUAAGGUAAUUUUUACGUCUGUGCUGAGUUGGCUGUUGCGAUGCCGUGCACACUUGGUGCUAAUUACGAUUAAUUGGGUAUUAGGGUAGAUUCUCAGGCACGUUUAGAUUCAUGGUUAUGUAAAAUUCUUCUUUCAGAUGCGGUUGUUACAUCUUAUAAUCAUAUUGAUUCUCACGAGACAGAGAAAGUAUUUUAACUAUCGAAUCGAUUAUUGUUUUACAAAAUAGAUGAAAUUGUUUUCAAUAACCUUCAUGUAUUUGUAUUGGAAAUGUAGAAGAUAUAUUAAAUAUACAUUUAAUGGUAAUCACAGAUAUAUAUAUAUAUAUAUAAAUAUAUAAUUUUUCACUUUGAA